AGCAAUGUAAUAAUUCAUUGCGCGACAGCGACGUCGUGUCAUUGCUGUCGAGCUGGACUGUGCCGGAUGUUCAACUGUUUAUUUAUUUUUUUUACACCUACGACAUUAGGGAAGGCACCUCUCUGGGAAACACAAUGUUUAGAAGCAGUGUAAUAAUGUAACAGUUUGUGUAAUUGCGCGUUGUUUGCACAUGCUGAAACCCCGCCCUAUCCUGCAAGGACGCUCGGCAUUAAAAGCUCUAAUUAAUGCAAAUGGCUCCGGUUUGAGUACUAGAGACAGGGCCGGACCGAGCCAGCGGCUGAUAGUAACCGGGUGUCCGAGGUUGAGAUCAGCAGAUCCCGGCGAGCUGAAGGUAGACGGGCGGGGUAGCGGGCGAAGCGCAUUUUGUGAAGCCAGUGGAAGAAUAUCUCAGAGAGGAUUUUUCACUCAGGCACCAGCCAUGACAAACAGCAAGAAAAAUCACUUGCCGGACAGGUGGACCGAGUACAGUGCGGUUGGGAAGAGGAUUCCUGGGACGCGCUUCGUUGCGUUUAAAGUUCCCUUGAGGCAGGCGUUUGAGCGUCACCUGCCCCCCGAGAUGCGCUUUUCUCCCCUGGAUCUGGUUCAGAAGCUGGGGGAGCAGAACCAGGAGCUGGGGCUGAUCAUCGACCUCACCUUCACCACGCGCUACUACCAGCCCCAGGACUUGCCGGAGAGCUUGUUUUAUUUAAAGAUCUUCACUGCAGGGCACGAGGUGCCUUGCGAUGCCACGAUCCUGAAGUUCAAGCAGGCUGUCCGAAGAUUCCUGCAGGAGAACGAAGGCAACGACAAAUUGAUUGGAGUGCACUGCACCCAUGGACUGAACAGAACCGGAUAUCUUAUCUGCAGGUACCUAAUUGAUGUGGCUGGAAUGGAUCCUGCUGUAGCGAUAAAGCUUUUCAAUAAGUCCAGAGGCCACUCCAUAGAAAGGCAAAACUACAUUGAAGACCUUCAGAACGGACCCAAGAGGAGCAACAAGGGGAUUAGCUUGUCAGCGCGCGAGCUGGAACCUGUCCGUGGCCAGGCGGUUCUGACUGAGGACUCCUCCCGUUUCUCUGGUGCUGCUCCCCACACUGGGAGGCGUCUCCCCCCGGGACCCUGCCAACCUCCCUACCAGCAGCCCCCUACCUUUCUCUGUCCUCCUCCCCCUCCUCAUGGUGUGGGGAGGUGGCCCUUGAGACCCAGUGAGUACAUGGAGAGCUGGAGGACACGCCAGGGGCCACGGGACCCCCCGGGGCCAAGAUACCCCCCGCUGCCCCGAUACGCAGGCAGUGAUUGCGACCCCUACUUCAGACAGGACCCAUCCUGGGCCGGGCAUUGCCCCCCGCCCCCUGAAAACCGUUGGGACAACCAGAGCAGGAGACACCAGAAACGGCGCUGGAGAGCCCAGAGCGGGCAGCCGCAGGACAGGACUUGAGAAAAACGAAGUGCAAAGUCACUCCGAGACUCGCUGGCUUUUACAACGUGCUGCUUGCAGUCUCAGACAGACGUGUUGUUUUUGCUGUUGCAAACUUUUUUUAAAUUGUUGUUUUUCCCAUCUCAAAGUGCCUGUAUAAAGGG